AUGAGCCAGGGUCUGCAUGUAAUAAGCCAACAGCAGCAGCAGCAAGACGAAGAGGAGGAUAACGAAGAAGAUGGCAUAGUGGGAGAUUCAUAUUAUGGAGAUGGAGACUCUUUCAUGGAAGGAGACCUUGACAGUGAGGAAGAAGAGGUCUUAGAUUUCACAGAUCCCUUCAGCACAGAAGUGAAGCCAAGAAUCCUACUAAUGGGAUUACGGAGAAGUGGCAAAUCUUCAAUCCAAAAAGUGGUUUUUCAUAAAAUGUCUCCUAAUGAGACUCUUUUUUUAGAGAGUACAAACAAGAUCUGCAGGGAGGACGUCUCAAAUAGUUCAUUUGUGAAUUUCCAGAUAUGGGACUUCCCAGGGCAAAUUGAUUUCUUCGAUCCCACAUUUGACUAUGAAAUGAUAUUUAGAGGAACCGGAGCACUAAUAUUUGUCAUUGAUUCACAGGAUGAUUAUAUGGAAGCUCUCGCUAGAUUACAUCUCACCGUCACUAGUGCUUACAAAGUGAACCCUGAUAUCAACUUUGAGGUUUUUAUUCAUAAAGUUGAUGGGUUGUCAGAUGAUCACAAAAUAGAGACUCAAAGAGAUAUCCACCAGAGAGCAAAUGAUGAUCUUACUGAUGCUGGGCUGGAGAAAAUCCAUCUCAGCUUUUAUCUUACUAGUAUUUAUGACCAUUCGAUCUUUGAAGCUUUCAGCAAAGUUGUUCAAAAACUGAUCCCACAGCUUCCAACUUUAGAGAACCUGUUGAACAUUUUUAUAUCUAAUUCGGGGAUAGAGAAAGCAUUCCUUUUUGAUGUAGUCAGUAAAAUCUACAUAGCAACAGACAGCACUCCAGUGGACAUGCAAACAUAUGAGCUGUGCUGUGACAUGAUUGACGUUGUUAUUGACAUUUCUUGCAUCUAUGGGUUGAAAGGAGCAGGCACCCCUUAUGACAAAGAGUCACUGGCGAUCAUAAAGCUAAACAACACAACUGUUUUGUAUCUAAAGGAAGUCACAAAAUUUCUAGCACUUGUGUGUUUUGUCAGAGAGGAGAGUUUUGAAAGAAAAGGUUUAAUAGAUUACAAUUUCCAUUGCUUUCGUAAAGCUAUUCAAGAAGUCUUUGAGGUGAGAGUGAAAGUGUUAAGAUCUCGCAAACACUUGAGUCAAAUAAGAAAAAGCAGAAUUACUCCCAAUGGUACCUCAAGAGUUCCAGUCUAA